CCCCACAAGACGAAGAAUAAACCGGAAAAGAAGAAGAGCGCGAGUAACUGAAGAGAAUGAAGUAUACAGUGUUAGUGUCUGAUAAUAACCUAACAGCUCACAUGUACACCACGUAUUUAUAAACUGUGAAUUAUCAGACUGAAUAUGAACGACAGCAUGUCGGAUUUAAUGCCGGAGGGACUGCCAGCAGCCUGGGAGACUGUAACUGCAGCCCUGGUAUCUCCCUCAACACCUCCUUCUGUUUCUGAUGAUACUGUUACUGAAGCUCUGGUGUCACUGUGUGAACAAGGACUGGGUCAGUAUGUGGAAGGUUGGCUGCUGGAGACGCUGCAGGUUUGUUUGGCCUCCGAUGUGGCUCCAGAGUUUUGGGCUGGACUGAAACAAACAGAAGCAGACUCUCAGGAGAAAGACAGAGCGAGAGCACUGUUAGAGGCUUUUAGGAAACUGCUACGUCGUCUCACACCUUUUCUCUGUGGUCUUGAGCGCCUCGGUUCGUGGCAGGAUGAGGCCCGAGGGGGUCUCUCUGGCCCCGGAGCCCACGGUCUGCGAGAGAGAGCCUACUCUAUCAUCCGAGCCAUUUUGCUCUUCUCUCCACCUCCAGUGCUGCAGGAUCGCGUGCUGGAGUUCUACAGCCGCACGUUCUCAGCGCACAUGAGCCAGGCAGUAGAAGAGUUAGAGACUACAGAGGAGGCGGCGGCGGAGGCCGAGGGGAACGAAACGUGCCCGGGUUGCGCCGCUCUGCCGGAACUCUGCUGGUGUAAAGAGGCUCUGGAGCGACUGCAAGAGUUCAGCCACAUUCUUUCCAGAUUGCAGCUGUUAGAGAGAGUGAGCUCAGAGGCAGUAACAAAUAUAUUGCACCGACUAAUUGAGCAGAGAAUGGAACAGCGCUGCAGAGGCGAAUAUGAAAGUUCCUUUUUGAAGGACUUUGAAAAUUGGUUGGAGAAGGUGCUUGACUGGCUCGGCAGGGUGUUUGCCAGUGAGGUGGGUGAAACCAGCACCAGUCCUUUGCUCAUGGAUGGGAAGCCAAAUCCUCCAGGCAGUGCCAUCCUCCAACGCUGGCGUUGCCACAUGCACCAGUUUUUUUGCCGUAUCUACGUCAACAUGAGGAUUGAGGAGCUUUUCAGCAUUAUUCGAGAUUUUCCAGAGUCCCUUCCUGCUGUCGAAGACUUGAAGUUUUGUCUGGAACGGACCAAUCAGAGACUGCAGCUACUCACCUCCCUCAAAUCUGCUUUUGAGACGCGCCUGCUGCACCCAGGUGUUCACACAUCUGAUAUCAUUACAGUUUACAUCUCAGCGAUUAAAGCCCUGCGAGAGCUUGAUCCCUCAAUGGUCAUCCUUCAGGUGGCCUGUCAACCCAUUCGCAAAUACCUCAGGACCCGCGAGGACACAGUGCGUCAGAUCGUCGCGAGUCUGACAGGUGAUGCUGAAGGCUGCAGCGAACUGGCCAACGAACUCUCCCGGGCAGAUCCUGUUACCCUGGAAACCCAGGACAGCGAGGACGAGGGAAGCGAUCCAGAGGAGUGGACCCCUGACCCUACCGACGCUCUUACUGAUAAGUCAGGCUCGAAGCGGCGCUCGUCGGACAUCAUCAGUCUGCUGGUGAGCAUCUACGGGAGUAAAGAGAUCUUCAUCGAUGAGUACAAGACUGUGCUGGCAGACAGACUGCUCCACCAGCUCAACUACAACACAGCCAGGGAGAUUCGGAAUGUGGAACUGCUUAAGCUGAGGUUUGGAGAGUCCCACAUGCACUACUGUGAGGUGAUGCUAAAGGAUGUGGCGGAUUCACGGCGAAUCAACACUAAUGUUCGCGAGGAGGAGGCACGCCUGCCUGAGGAAGAGCGGCCUGCUAUUCCCCUGUCAGCCAUGAUCUUGUCCUCAGAGUUCUGGCCUCAGCUCAAAGACGAGAAGAUGGAGUUGCCGUCCGCGGUCUCCAAGGCAAUGGAGGCCUACACACAUCGCUUUGAAAAGCUCAAGGCCAUGAGGACUCUGAGUUGGAAGCCUCACCUGGGCUCAGUAACUCUGGAUGUGGAGCUGGAGGACCGAACUCUUACCAACCUUUCAGUGUCACCCAUUCAUGCUGCCAUCAUACUGCACUUUCAGGACAAAAGCACCUGGGCACUUGAGGAGCUGAGCAGUGCUUUAGGUGUGCCACAAGAGCUACUGCGCAGAAAGCUAGCAUUCUGGCAACAGCAUGGCGUGCUCCACGAGGAGACGUCCGGCCACUACAGCAUCCUUGAGAAAGCUUCCGCUCGAGAACGGCCUGACCGAGGCGUGAUGCUCAUAGACAGUGACGAGGAAGGGGACUCCAACACCACCACACAGUCCGAGCAGAGGGAGGAGAAGCUGCAGUUGUUCUGGGCCUACAUUCAAGCCAUGCUGACCAAUCUGGAAAGCAUGACACUAGAGAGGAUUCACUCCAUGCUGCGCAUGUUUGUGGCUACAGGGCCUGGCAUCACUGAGAUGGAUGUCAACGAGCUGCAGGGCUUUUUGCAGAAGAAAGUUCGUGAUCACCAGCUGAUUGUGUCAGCGGGAGUCUACAGGCUGCCCAAGACCACCCAGUAAAAGGAAACAUACAGUCAAUAUUAUUUUACUUUUAUGUUCUGCCUAAAAUCUAGAACAAGCAAACCCAAAUUGUCAAUAAAAUAUCUUGAUUGUAAGAUGUACAAAGCCCGUCACAUUACAUGUUAAAGUUGCAAUAAAAAUAUCUGUGAAUAAGUAA